CCCGUCAUCUUUUUCAAAACCUAUCCGCGAGUUUUUUUUUUUCUUUUGCGCCGGUAUUUUCUUUAGCUGUACCUCCUCACCGGCGAAAAUGGCUUCCCUGUACCUAUGUUCAAUAUCCGUCGUCAGUCACCGAAGCUUCAUCAGCGCGCCGUUAACCCUCCGGCGCACACUAGCUUCAACUUGCGACCGUUCUCUACUACACAGGAACCGCAGCAAGUUCGCUCCAGCUCGUUCGAAAUCGAACUCAAACCACAGGCAUAUCAGCUGCGCUUCUUCGAAAGCGGACGUCGCUCAAUCCACCGCCAUUUUCGAAUUCCCCGCCAGUUAUCCAGAGUACAAUCGGCUGUUACCAUGCCCGAUUUACAAUUUCCCUCCCAGAGUCGAGCACCUUGUAGUUUCAGAAGAUGCCAAAGUUCUAGACUUUAUCUGCAAGGCUCUUGACCUUCCUCCACUGUUUGUUACAGAUCUCAUUCAAUUCGGAGCUGUACAUUAUGCCCUUGUAUGCCCACAGCCGCCACCAACAGCAACUCCGGAGCAGAUUAGGAUAUUCAAAGAGGUCACAGCACCUUCUGUUCUGAAGAAAAGAGGUUGCAUUAAAGGGAAGACGGUCCGAGAAGCGCAGAAGACUUUCAGGAUAACUCGUCCGGAUGAGUUCGUCGAGGCUGGAACGUAUUUACGUGUUCAUGUGCAUCCCAAGCGCUUCCCCAGGUGCUAUGAAAUUGAUUGGAGAUCGAGAAUUAUAGAUGUAGCUGACUCCUAUGUUGUUUUGGAUAAACCUGCUGGCACGUCGGUAGGAGGAACAACUGACAACAUUGAAGAAAGCUGUGCAACAUUUGCUACUCGUGCAUUGGGGUUAACAGAACCAUUGAAGACGACUCAUCAGAUAGAUAAUUGCACGGAAGGCUGUGUGGUGUUAGCUAGGACUAAGGAAUACUGCUCAAUUUUUCAUCAGAAAAUUAGAGAGAAACAGGUGAAAAAACUUUAUCUUGCUCUCACCUCAUCUCCACUGCCAACUGGUGUAAUUACCCACUACAUGCGUCCAAUUAACAAGGCUCCACGUCUUGUUUCAGAAGAGCAUGUAGAUAGGUGGCAAUUGUGUCAACUUGAAGUUAUGGAAUGCAAGGAGGUCCCUUGGCCGAGCACAUCGAUCGAAGAAAGGAAUUGUGUUGAAGACUGUGGGUGGCCCACGAGAGACAAAGCGUACGAAUGCAGGAUUAAUCUUUUGACUGGUCGCACUCAUCAGAUUCGAGCUCAGCUAGCUGCCUGUGGCGCCCCCUUGGUUGGCGAUUCGAUGUACAUGCCUGCUGCAGUUGCUGAGCUAGCCAGUCCGGGGCUAAACCCAUUCGGGAAGCACAGACGCCACUACACCAGCAACGAUGAAGACGAUUACCAAAUAGCCGUGGAAGAAUGGAUUGCACUUCACGGCAAAGAACCAACUGCCGCCAUUGGUCUCCAGGCGUGUCAAAUCUCUUGGGGCGAAGGCGAAUAUAGCUAUGAGGCCGGAUCCCCCUGGUGGAGAUGAUGGGGGGAAAAAAACACAGCAGCUUGCAUCCAAAUUCACCAACCAAGCGAAAUGUGGACAGAGCAGAAUAGACCUUUUCGUAAAGGGACCAAUUGCUUGCCGCAGGAAUCUUAAGUCGGGAAAUUCUUACCAAGAAAAGGUACAAAAGCUUAUACUCUUGUCAUGAAGUUUCUUGAAGAGAAUCUUUCUUGCGGUUAUCAAUCAGCCAGUUUCAUAUCAUUAUCAUGGCUCACAAUGAAUCAAUAUAUAAUUAACAAUGUAUUCUUUUUCUUAACCCUAAAUAGGUCCAGUGAUAAUGAUGGUCGUUACGACAAACUUCUAGCUUAUGCCGAGUUCAAACUUUAGAGCCAACAAUUGUAUUUUCUGCUAUGUUGUUGAUUAUUGUUUGUCGCAGUCAUCGUGCUUGCUUGAUUUCAACAAUGAACCAAUCAAUCAAUUUCAUAUCAUUAUCCUAUUUUACAAUGAACACAUUACAUCUUUUCCCAUCUUCCUCUACUGAUAAUUACAAGGUUGGUCUAGUGAUAACGAACAGUGACGAACUUCUAAGCGAACCCCGAUUGUAAACGUUGGGGGGUCAACAUCACUAUAACUAAAUAAAAAAUGAACAUAUUUCUUUUUGUGUGAUAUUGGUUGAUCCCCGUUUGCUCACAUUAGGGCUUUGGGUGCAUUGCCAUACUUGUCGAUGAAUCCUUUGAACCAUUUCGCAGAUAGCUUCGGGGUUCUCUUCAGAGUGACGUAGUCCACGUGGCAGAUCCCGAACCUCUGGGUGUAUCCGUUGGUCCACUCGAAGUUGUCGAGCAACGACCACGCGUAG